CCGUUUUACAAGUCAAAUCAGUAUUUGACAUUGAUUUGAGACGUGUAGGAAAGAAAUAAUCAAAUCAACCGAAAUAAUUCGUUCUAAAAUAUUUAUAUAUCUCCUUUUUUUAGGCGUAGGCAGUGUGUAGAUUAAUUUAUUUACAAAUACUGUAAGUGAGAACUGUUGACCAUGGCUGACGAACCCAAACCUGUUAACGAAGAUGAUUUAAAACAAUUAAAAGAACGCAUGAAUUUGAUCGUUAGUGCAGAUCCGGCACAAUAUCAUAAUGAAUAUUCACUGCGGAGAUAUCUGAGGGCUUUCAAAACUGUUGACAAUGCUUUUCAGGCAAUAAUAAAAACAAACAAAUGGAGAGUAGAGUAUGGUGUGGCUGAGUUAGCUGAUAAUAAAGAAAUAAUUGAGAAGUACUCUGACAAAGCCAGGGUUCUGAGGCAUAGAGAUAUCACUGGCCGGCCUAUCAUAUACAUUCCAGCAAAGAACCACAGUUCCAGUGACAGGAAUAUUGAUGAUUUGACUAAAUUCAUAGUCUACUGCUUGGAAGAUGCCAGUAAGAAAUGUUUUGAAGAAGUGGUUGACAACUUAUGUAUAGUUUUUGAUUUGAAUGGCUUCACACUGUCCUGCAUGGACUAUCAAGUGUUGAAGAACUUGAUCUGGUUGCUCAGCCGACACUACCCAGAGAGGCUUGGUGUUUGUCUGGUCACUAAUGCACCGGCUUUCUUUUCUGGAUGCUGGGCUGUUAUCAAAGGAUGGCUUGAUGAAAACACUGCCAGUAAGGUUGUAUUCAUGCAUUCUGAAAUGGACCUUUGCCAAUACCUUAUACCAGAUAUACUACCUGAUGAUAUGUGAAUUUUAGAACAAACGCAAAGAUAUACCGGUAAACACGUCUAGUUUUAAGAUAUAUCUUUUAAAUGUAUAUAUAUUUUACAUUAUGUGACCUUAGAGAAACUAACAGUACCACCAAUAUAGCGAUCCCAUUGUUAAAAUACUUGCCACAGUAAUAAGAACCAAACUAAUUAAAUAUUGCACUAUAUAGUCCAAGAUAAUGACUUUCUUCUAAUAUUAUUCACUUGUUUAUAAGUAGGUAGUUCUUAAUCUUUUAUGUAUACAUACAAAUAUUCAGAAUACAUUGUGUACAUUCUGAUAUUCCAUUAAAUCAAAAGAAACUUGCCAUUAAACUAAUUAAGUAACAAUUAUGUACAAGGUAUAGAAUUAUAUUAAAGACGCGAAUUUUCUUUGAGGUAAGGUAAGAAGGUUAUAAUUAUUAUUCAUUAACAUUACAGCUGGAAUAAUGUGGCACAGCAAAAGUUAAAAGUGCAUGCUAAAGUUUGACUUGAUUUUGAGAUUGGGUACUAUUUGUACAUCAGUGUUUUCACUGACCAGUAAAUACAGAAAAUAACACUUACACGUGCCUCUCUGCUUAUUUGAACUCUUGUCUAUUUAUACAGACCUCUAGGUAAUUACUAAACUUACAAAUAGUAUUUUGCAUUAAAAAACUAAACUAGUCCAGUAGAAUACUAAUUAAAUAGGUACAAGCCGCUGAUUUUGUCAGUCUUAUUAUUUGUUAUUUUUUGUUUAGUUGAAAAUUGUUAUUGAUUAUUUUUAGUAAAUAGAACUUUAACACCAAAAAAGUCAAUUAACCAUUAAAUGAGAUUCAUUUUGUUUUAGAUUCAAAAGUUGUAUGUUAAGAUUAUUAUUAUAGUUUAAAUGUUAAAUAUUGUUAUUUUGUUUACUGCAUUCUCGAUAAUUGUUUUGAUGGAAGUCAUUGCUAUCUCUAUUAGUCCAAUGUGUCCACUCCAUAAAUGAAAUUAAUGAAAAUAAUACACAAAUAUCUUACAAUCAGAACGAUUGAGAUGAAAUUAUUUGUGGAUUCAUAAUAAAUAGAUUUCAGCAUUUGAGAACAUCAUCAAUAGUGGUAUCACAAUCCUGAAAGUGUUACAGGGUCUCUUGUUGUUAAUGCUAAGAAUUUAUUAGGUUCUUAUGAUUUAACAGAUUAUGAAUAGUAUUAGUUACUUUCAA